AUGGCAGAUCCCCCUCCUCAGCAGAACCCAACAUUCAUCAUCAAGAAAAUGAUUGACGUUGCGCAGACAUCUACAACUGCUGGCAAUAGUGCUUCACAGAAAAAACCCCCACAAGCAAGAGAAGAUGAUUUUGAGUCUCUGCCGGAUCCUCUUUAUGGAACAACAGAUCAUGUUGAGCCUGGCAUCUGGGCUUCUUGGGUCAUGGAAACCAUCUUCACCAAGAGUGGGCGAGAAUUUGAGAUUUUCAAGUUUCUCAGGAGCAAAAAACCUAUUCGGGAACUAGUUUUCCGGGAUCUACUCAAGGGAAAAUAUUUUCUUUCAAGACUGCAUGCUAAACAAUAUUCGACGAAGCGGAAUAAUACGGAAAAUUGUUGGAACCAGGCUGCAUUGUUGCAGAUCGUUGGCAGGCUGGCAGAAAAAGCCUGCAAUUCCUGCAUUGGAGGAUUUGGGCCAUUUACCACCUGUGUCGUUGUGGACGACGUCUUUGGCGGGUCUUGUGCAAACUGUCAAUGCAACGGUGUUAAGGGUGCUAGACGUUGCACACACAGCAGUAAGAAUGCUCUUAACGAGUCUGCUAAAGGGCCCAAGCGAGGUCAUGGUUCAAAUAAGAAGCAGGAUGGGGCUGCAAAUGGGCAAUGGAGAUACAUUGCAAGGUCUCGUGCACCCAAGUAUCCCAGGAAGAAACCAAGGCAUUCCAUUCGAGCCUUAAUGGCUCAGACUGCAAGACAAACGAGAAGCGUUGAGAACUCGGUCAAGCGACUGAACCUCGAACUCGGGAAGAUUCUCAGCGCCAAUCAAUCCGAGACAAUGAAAGCUCAGAGGGUCAAGAUUGAGUCCAACAUGCAAGGCUUGAAUGUUCAAUUCGACACUCUUCAAGGGGCCAUGGAAGAGCUCGCAACCAUGGUCAUGGAGUGCGAUGAUGAUGUGACCAUGCAGUCUGGAGACAAAAUUGACAACGCCAUUAUGAUCAGUGAUGACGAAGAUGUUGCUGCUGGAGUCUCUAAGAUGGAGACUGCAGAGUCUCAGGGUAUCAAGACAGAGUCCAGUAAAUGCGAGGAAGAUGAUGAGCCGAAGACCAAGAAGGAAAAGCAGAAUGUCAACGAGGAUGCAUGUGAGCACAACGAGGAAAACGAGGGAAUCAUCGAUAUCAAGGAGGAGAAGUAG